AUCGGAGUCAGACGGGAACGCGUUCCCACACUCGGUCCACUCGGCCAUUGGCCCCAACUGCCAAAUGUGCUCUAUAUGACUACGGCCAACUGCCGCAGAUUUAGAGAUUCUCAAAGCCAAGAACCAGAGGAGAAAAGGGUGAAAUUCCAAAAGGGCCCUGUGGAAAACCCAAAAUUCCACGCCCAACUCCUCUUCUCCUCCACUUCUCCCGCUUAUCUCCAUAUCCUUAUCCCCGCCUUCCCGAGAUACUUCGUUGUCUUCUUCAUCUUCUUCUGCUAGCUCCCCUCCUCUGCAAUCUUUUUCACUAAAAUCUGUUCUUUUAUUUUCUUCUUAUUUGUUUUUCAAUUUAGGGCUUCCUUACUUUCUCUCUCAAAAACCCUCGAAUCUCCUCUGUGCUGAACGAACACCAAUUCGGACGAUCGAGGGUUUUUUCUUUUGAUUUUCCUUUCUUUUCUUGUUAUCUGGGUUUGGCAUUUGCGGGAGGUCAAUCCCUAUGGCUCUGGUGUCGGCUUUGUUGGAGAUCUUACGGAGACCUUCAAUUUGGGAUAUUUGGGUGGAUCUGAUUUUAUUCGUAGCUCCUCUCUGGAUUGCGGUUCUUGUCGGAGUCUUGGUGGGAUGGGCGUGGAAGCCGAGCUGGGCCAACUUAGGCAGAGAUGUUUUGGACUUCUUUGGGUCGAUUCCGAGUGUUAGUUCGCUCAAGUGGCAUUUUCCCAGCUGUUCUUCUUGUGUCGGCGAUGAUGGGGUAGCGAGGGAGAGCGUCUCUGCGCCUUCCGCCGUCAGUUCUGAUUGCAGUUCCUUGCGUCUUGAAACGGAAAAACCUCUUCUCGUCAACAAAAAUGAUUUCCAGCACUUGAGCGAACUUGUGGAGGUCACAGACGGAGGCCCCGCUUGGAUUCAGAUGAUGGAUCGCUCUACCCCAAAUAUGAGCUAUCAAGCUUGGCGGAGGGAUCCUGAGACUGGUCCUCCACAAUAUCGCAGUCGAACUGUUUUUGAGGAUGCUACUCCUGAGUUGGUGAGGGAUUUCUUUUGGGACGAUAAUUUUCGUUUUCAAGGGAAGUGGGAUGACAUGCUUAUAUAUGCUGAGACUUUGGAGGAGUGUGCCACCACUGGAACUAUGUUGGUUCACUGGAUACGCAAGUUUCCCUUCUUCUGUAGCGACAGGGAAUACGUGAUAGGCCGCCGAAUUUGGGAAUCAAAUCGAGCAUAUUACUGUGUGACAAAGGGAGUUCCCAACUCACUGCCGAGGCGCAACAAACCAAGACGUGUUGAUUUGUAUUAUUCAAGUUGGUGCAUCCGUGCAGUUGAAUCGAAGAGAGGGGAGGGUCAGCUAAGUGCUUGUGAGGUGUUACUAUUCCAUCAUGAAGACAUGGGUAUACCAUGGGAAAUUGCAAAGCUGGGAGUUCGGCAGGGUAUGUGGGGAGCUGUCAAGAAGAUUGAGCCUGGCUUACGUGCUUAUCAGAGGGAAAGAGCAUCCGGGGCAUCACUUUCCCGCUGUGCUUUCAUGGCUCAAAUCAAUACCAAAGUCAGUGCAGACUACCUAAAAUCUUUGGAAACUACCACCACCACCAACACUAACACCACCCCCGGUGAUUCAUCUGAGGUCGAGACCCUUGAUUCAGCAGAGAAGCCACUGGGAAGGAACAUACCUAAGCUUCUAGUUUUUGGGGGUGCCAUUGUCCUGGCUUGCAGCCUUGACAAGGGACUCUUGACUAAAGCAGUUAUUUUUGGGGUGGCCAGAAGGUUUGCAAAGAUAGGAAGGAGGUUGUGAGUUGCCUUUGCAUCGUGCUUGGUUUUGGGUCUCACCUUGCUUCCAGCUCCUGGAAAUGAUGGAAGAUUUGUAUUGUAUUUUUGUCUAUUUUGAGCCAUGGAGCGGCUAUAGAUCUGGAUAAGUGAAGAGAUCUAUAACGUGUACUCUCUCUCUCUCUCUCUCUCUCUCUCUCUCUGAUAAUGUACAUCUUUUUUUUUGAAGCAUCUCAUGCUACUGAAAUAACAGGGUAAAUUAAGGCUGCUUGUUCAA